UGAUCAAACAGUCUUGUCCAUAAAAAUCGCACUGUCUUCUUCCCCAGUUCGCUCGCCCCUCUGCUCUGCCUUCAACCCCACAACCAAUCACACAUUACCAAUUUUAAUCUCCUACCCUAUUGCCAUCACGGGCCGAUUCGUAGCGCGGUGGGUCUAGGGUUUAGAGCAGUAGUACUUGGAACGAAAAGAGGGGGGAAUCAAUACUCGAAAAAUCUCAAUAGAAGCCGAUACCCAGAGGAGCCUCUUCCCACGCCGUUCUUUCCUGGGUUCCCCUCGCGCCGCUCCCCUGUCCGCGCCGCCGCCGCCGCCGCCGGGACGAGAUGGAGGUGGCCGCUCCUGCCCCGAAGCACAAGGUGAAGAAGCAGAUAAACCUCUUCUACUGCGCCGAGUGCGAGGAGCUCGCCCUCAAGGUCGCCGCCAGCUCCGACGCCAUCCAGCUCCAGUCCAUCAACUGGAGGAACUUCCCCGAUGGGUUCCCGAACCUGUUCAUCAACAACGCGCACGACAUCCGGGGGCAGCACGUGGCGUUCCUGGCGUCCUUCAGCUCGCCGGCGGUCAUCUUCGAGCAGAUCUCCGUCAUCUUCGCGCUGCCCAAGCUCUUCAUCGCCUCCUUCACGCUCGUGCUGCCCUUCUUCCCCACGGGGUCCUUCGAGCGCGUCGAGGAGGAAGGUGACGUCGCUACCGCCUUCACGCUCGCGCGCGUCCUCUCCAUGAUCCCCAAGUCCCGCGGCGGGCCGACCAGCGUCGUCAUCUACGACAUCCACGCGCUCCAGGAGAGGUUCUACUUUGGGGACGACGUCCUGCCCUGCUUCGAGACCGGGAUACCGCUCCUGCUGCAGCGCCUCCGCCAACUCCCGGACGCCGAAAAUAUCACAAUUGCCUUCCCAGAUGAUGGGGCGUGGAAGCGCUUCCACAAGCUAUUGGUCAACUUUCCAAUGGUUGUCUGUGCGAAGGUUCGUGAAGGCGACAAGAGGAUAGUUCGGAUUAAAGAAGGGAAUCCUGAAGGGCGACAUGUUGUUAUUGUCGAUGAUUUAGUGCAAUCUGGAGGAACUCUUAGAGAAUGCCAGAAAGUUUUGGCUGCUCAUGGUGCUGCAAAAGUUAGUGCCUAUGUGACUCAUGCCGUGUUCCCCAAUCAGUCAUAUGAACGGUUCAUGACUGCUAAUUCUGCUGGACCAGGCGACCAGUUUGCUUACUUCUGGAUAACAGAUUCGUGCCCUCAGACAGUGAAAGCCAUUAGUCGACAUUCUCCAUUUGAGGUGUUGAGCCUUGCGGGCUCGAUUGCUGAUGCCCUUCAGAUAUGAACUUGCAAUGUGAGAUGGGCUGGUCCCAUAUGUAAGAGGAGUUCAUUUCCAGCUCCAGCAAAACAAAUAAUGUGGAGCUAGUUUAUCUAAUUAUGUUGAAUCUGAAGCCUCCAUAAACUGCCCCAAGACGUGAUGAAAUAAAACCUGGCAUUAUUGCAGUGCUCUCGCUA